AUGGGUCACGUCAACAAGUGCUUGUACCUUUCACGUAGCUGUUAUCACACGGCCGUUUCAAGAUCAUGGCCCCACCAUUUUAGAACGGAAUUUCAACGGUUUUUCCAGGUAAGUCGGCGCUUGGAACACUUUAGAUGCCCAUUCGUUUCUUAUUUUCUGUUUUCUUCUUUAGUUGAUUCGUUUUAAAAUGGUUAGUUGACGUCGUAUAUUGUGCACCCUAUUACGCAAGUCCUUGCUCCGCGCUCAUUGUUCCGUUAUCCAGACAUUAUUUUAUGCUGCUUAUUUCAUUCUUUAAUAUUUAUAUGUGCUGCGAGGUAAAAUUGUAGAAAAGUAACAUGUUGUCCUUCCAGAGAGGUACAUCAAAGUGGCUCUUUUUCUGAGAAAAUAAUCUUUGUUUAUUAUGUUUGACUUUAAAGUAACCUGUCCUGUUAUGCAAUCAACACGAUGACAUCAAACGAUCGAGAGUGAAAAUAACUUAUAACUAGGAAAAAAUGAGGAAAAGAAAGAAAUGCCAUUUCUAAACACAGCUGCUGGACGUCACUGCAAGCAAAUUAAACCGCUCGAGGUUUAGAUGGGAGUAAAAUAUACAGAUCAUCCCACCGCUAGAAAUAAAUUAUAUUAAGUAUAGAAAAUUCCUGCUUGUAAACCCUUCAGUUAUUGGCCAAUCUACCUGUCAACAAAAAUUACAUAAAAUACAGGCGAUGAUAAGCUCCCUAUAAUUCCGUUUAUAUUGAAAACCAGUAUAAUGCAAAAGAUGUUUUUAUCAGUACUGCUUAUUACCAUAGCUUUUUCGGAAGAGCGUUUUCUAUAAAUUUCCGGUUAUAAAGCCCCCUCUAACACAAAGUUGUAUAAGCCUAGGGCUUCAAAACGGUAGUUUAGAGUAUCAUGUAAAACUGCAGAAUAUAUACCCAGAAACAAUUUGAGACAAUCCUGAUGUUUAUAAGUUGUUUUGUUUUUUUACAGUCUGGGGAAAAACCUAUAAUUUAUUCGUUCAACAAACGACCAUCUGACGCAUUGAUGCACCGUGGAGCUUAUGGACUUUCCCUUGCGGGGAUUUUUAUUUCUUUUUAUGGAGUUUACUUCAUGGUCCAAGACACAUAUUCAAAGAAACAGCCAAAGUGA